GGAAGAUAUAGCGUUAGUCUGUACCGUGCUGUCGCCUACAUGGAAUUUGAAGGGGGGCGUAGCAGGCUAGCAGCCACAUGUACAUAAAGCUGUAAUCUUUUUGGUUUCUUCCGUUUCAGAUUUCAACUGGGCUCUGCUUCUUCUUAAGUUUCAUCGCCCACUUGCGCUAUUUGCUUCCCCAAAACUUUGACUAUUCCAAUGGCUUCAUGUGGAUUAGGAGCUCCAAGUAUUAAAAUUUCUAACUUGGACUUGGUUAGAACAAGACUUGGUGUUUUACAAUCACGGUUUAGCAUAAGGACUUCUACUGCGUGGACACCACUGAAUAACUCAGGUUUGGUGAUAUCGCAACGAUCACAGAAGGCAAUAAUUUUGUGUCGUGGUUCAUCGUCAGAAGCUGAAUCUGCUGUUAAUUUAGAAGAUGGUUCUGAAGAAACAAAAUCUUCAGGUUUGACAAGCCAACUCACUCCAAAUGCAUAUGAAGUGGAAUCUCUUCUCUCAGAAAUAUGUGAUACUACUUCAAUAGCGGAGUUUGAAUUGAAACUUGGAGGGUUUCGGCUGUAUAUGAUGAGGGACUUAGCUGGGAAAAUUGAGCCGACACCUCCCCCAAGUUCCACUCCUGUCACUGUCAGUCUGAAUGAUGAGGCACCCAAAUUAAAUGGAUCAGCCUCUAUGUCAUCCUUGCCCAUCUCAAAAUCAGCACUUUUGUUGGGACAAAGUCAGACACUGCUUGAUAGGGCUGCAGAUGAAGGGUUGAUGAUACUUCAGUCUCCAAAGGUUGGGUUUUUUAGGAGAUCUCGGACGAUAAAGGGGAAGCGUGCACCUCCAUCAUGUAAAGAGAAGCAAAUAGUGAAGGAGGGCCAAGUGCUUUGCUACAUCGAACAGCUUGGUGGUGAAAUUCCAAUUGAGUCUGACGUAUCUGGGGAGGUCAUAAAGAUACUUCGAGAGGAUGGUGGUAUGUUUGUUCAUCUUUCAGUUCAUUUCCACCCAUGUUCUCUAAUAUUUCACUUCAUUUCAUCUUAUUAUUUUUGUAUGUUUCACUCAACAGAACCUGUUGGAUAUGGUGAUGCUCUUAUUGCAAUUCUCCCUUCUUUUCCUGGUAUAAAGAAACUCCAGUAGAUCCUGUUGGAUAUAAUGAUGCUCUUAUUGCAUAUUUCCCUUCCUUUCCUGGAACAGAGAAACUUCAGUAGAUGGGUUGGUUUAUUUUUCAUUUUAUAGCUUCAUUUCAUUUCUGUAAACUGGUUAUUUAUUUAGGUUUAUUAGUGACUUGGAUGGCAUGACUUAUUUGCUUGGAGGGAGUAGGCAAUUCAUUCAUUAAAUCCUUGUUUCCUUUUA